AAAGCUAAACUAAAAAUGAAAAAAAGAUUAUAUUUUUAGAGCGAAAAAUAUAGAAAAACUGGUAGUGUGCGUUUUCUUCCUGAUAAAACGCCUAAAAAGUCAAGGCCUUAGGAAUUUUCGGGAACAAUUUCUCGAAUUGAACCUGCUUGAUACUCGACAAUUCUUUGUCCGGUGUUCUUAUUUUUAUUUCGUGGACUCUACUCGAAAAUUACUGAUUUUAUGUCCAAAAAUUUUAACUAUACAGUGAUUAAUUGAAUUUAUAUAAUUAAAUGAUGUUAAAUUUUUGGCUAAUUAAGGGGUUAGGGGUAGUCAGAAUUUUCAAAAAAUCGAUUUUUUUUUUUUUGCAUUUUCUUAAAGUAUAAUAUUUUAAAAAUAUUGUGUGAAAAUUUGAAGUGAAUCCGACAAAUUCUUUUCGAGUUAUUUAACAAUGACCAAAGGACGCUCGGGUGCUACGUGGCAUUCGAGAGCAGGUAGCUAGAAACAGCUGCAAGCAACCGACCUUUCGGGUUUCAUUGUCAUGAAUAUCUCCCCAUUUUAAUGUAGUACAAGAACUGAAAAAUAAUUUUUGGUUGCCAGUAUACCUGUAGUCGUUGCACUGAUCAGUCGAUAGUUUUGUGAUAAAUUAUUUCUCAAGUGAAUUAAAUUAUUAACCAUGGGACGUGAUUCUAGAAAGGUUUCAAGAGAACUUCGGAGUUCUGAAAAAAUUAAUAAGUCACGUUCAGUCAAAAGAAAGAAUGUUUUUAAUCCGAAAACAGCCGAACGUGAUGAAAGUAUUCAGAGUACAUCUUCUAAAAAAUUAAAACAAAACACUGAAGAUGAUGUACCUGAAGACAGCAGUACUGAAUUUCGAAUAAUAAAUUUUAUUCAGGUAUUCACUGCAAUUUCUGCUCUUAUAAAAUGUAAAAAAUGUGAUGGAAAUGUAGUGUUUCAAACAGCAAGUACACGUGGGCUGGGAUUCAAAAUUGUAGUUGCAUGUAAUAACUGUGGAAAUGAAUAUAUUCCUUCCUGUUGAAAAUAUGAAAUCUGCUAUAAUGGCAACCUUUUAUCACUACGGCUCGAGUGAUGAAAAACCGAAUCAUGAUAUGUGUCCAAAAGGCGAAGAAUCUUGGUGCUCUUACCAGCGCGCUGAAGCAAGAGGAGAGCUUGAUACCUUUUCUCACGAUUAUUCUCCUUUACCUUCUGAUGUUUUAAAAGCUAUCAAGCCUAUAUACGAAGAUCUUAGUAAUGAAAAUUUACUUUCAAGAUGUGUAGGUGGAUUCAAUCAGAAUAAUAAUGAAAGCUUUAACCAACUAGUAUGGAAAAUAUGCCCAAAAACGGUAAAUACUAGUUUUACUAUCGUACAAAUAGCUGCAUACGUUGCUAUGUGUAUAUUUAAUGAGGGUAUAAAUUCAUUAUUAGUCUUGAUGAAUACACUAGGACUUAAUUGUGGGCCUAAUUCUCAUCGGUAUGCAGAAAGAAUGGAUGCUGCACGUAUCAAAGUAGCAGAUAAGCGCGCUAAUGAUAACACCCGAGAAGGUCGAUUGCAACGUAGGCACCAGCAAAUCGAUAUUUUGGAAGCUGCUAUGUCGGCUGAAGAGCUAUUAUAUGGUCCAGGAAUAGAUGACUCAGUAUGAAUCUCCAAGGACUUAUGAUGAUCACCGCAAAGGACUUCGGGAGGAACGGGCUCUACAAAAACAGCGAUAACUUUUUGAAUUAUUAAUUUUUUUUUUUGAAAUUUUCGUGAAGUCAAAUCGAAACGUGUUCUAAUAAAGCUAUGUUUUUAUUUUUGUCAAAUAAAGUAAUUAACUACAAAAAAAAAAUUAUUGAAAAUCAUCAUUUUUUCAUACCCCUGAG